UUCAUCCAUGAGCAUCCUAUAUAUGUACUCGUUAUUUAUCAUAAUCUCUUGCUCCAUUCCGAUCUGUUUUCGAUCUUAGGUGUCAGAAUUGAGAUGGAGAGAAAGUCAUCGUCUUGUAGGCGCAGGCGAAAUUCCAUCGGUUGCAUGCCUGCCAUUUUCAGCUUCUUCACCAAAAACCAUAAGCGCUCGAAAUUUAUCACCCGUGGGAAAGAGCGGCGAAAGGAGGCGGCCGACGGCGAAGAGAGGCCAAAAGAUGCAAAGCUUGUAAUUAGGAGUCCAACGCUUCCAGUAGAGAUGCGGCGAUCGUUGUCGGUUGAGGUGGGGAACCAUCGCCAUGCAUUAGUGGCGAGGUUGAUGGGAGUAGAUAAAUUUCCUCCGCCAUUGGAAUCCAGUUCCGUUGCCGAUGAGAGAGUGAGUUUGCAGCAGGUAAGACCAGCGGAGAAGUGCGACGAGGACUUGAAGGCGCUUCAAAGGAUUAUUGAAGUUGUGAAGACGAGCAUCGGUGUUGGAUUUGGGGAAUGCAAUGAGCUUAGAGGAAGACGAAGCCUACAGCAGAAGCACCAAGUAAUUAAGAAGAAGGCAGAGGAAGAGGACAUCGCUGCCACUGCCAGCAGUGGGGAAAUCAGCUUCCUCCGUAGAUUUACAACGGAACACGUUGCUUAUGCGAAAAGCAAUAACAAUGAUGAGGGAAAUGAUUCAGUUUCGAGCAUGAGAAGAAGCGCAUUAGCCAUGAUGCACAGUGUGCAUCAAGUGUGCAAGGAUAUUGCAUGGGGUGAAAGGCGAGAGAUUGGCAUAAUAGGCUUGGCGUUGCAGCAGAAUAUUUUCAGAGAUUUGAUUCAUGAGCUUGUUCAAGACAUUGCUUGCUACUCUAACUAAUUUCAUCCCUUCCAUUUCAAGCACUAUAUGUAGAGAGCCACGAUCCAUUUAGAGAGUUGUUGGAUUAAGGAUGGAUGAAAAUAGAUGACUGAGAAUAUCUCUAUAUUUCUUAUUAUUGAUUUCAACUGUCAAUUUUCACUCA